AUAGGUCUAGUCCAUUUGAGAAUUUGGCAAAAAUCUGAUUGCCAACUGCUGGCCACAACUGCUAAUUUUCUUCUUCAUUCCUUGAUCGUGGGCACUUUAUAACCCCUUACAACUGCCACUUCACCAAGUUCAUGAGAUCUUCCCACUUGUCACCUCACAGCCUUUCUAGCACAACUGCUCCUAACUGCUCUUGCUUUUCCACAUGUGCUCUUUUUCUCCACGUGCUGUUUUACCCUUGGGUUGCCACGUCUUCUUUAGAUUGCCAUGUUUUUCCUUUAAAUUACAUUCUUCAUGUUUCCUUCUCUGUCAAUGAAAUCUGCUAGAGAAAUUGGUGUUGCCUUUGUUGUGCUUAUAGAAACUAAAGAAACUUUCCAUACUCAGUCCAUCAAUUUCAUGUAUGUUUUCUCCUUUUUGAGCAUCAACAAAGAAUUUUAUUAAAAAAGCAACAGGAAGGAAAGAGGACAAUAAGUCCUCAUACAAAGAAAAGGAUAAAAGUCAAAACAAAUAGCACAAAACUCCUAGCACUAGGGAUGGCAAAUGGUAGCCCAUUCCCUAGAAAUCAAUUUCACAUCUGUUUUCUCCUCCUUUUACUGGACCUAUUACAGAGAUGAAAAAACUUAUGCCUAUGCAUGAGAUCCAAUUUUUUAAAACAGUUCGCCGCUUUUCUUUCUUAGUUUACCACCACUCUUACAUUCCUUAUUAUGGUUUAGUGCCCCAUUUCUUUUAGGAUGUGUUUGGAGGAAAAUUCAUUUUACCCCAUCCCAUGUUUGAGAGGGACUUGAUUGGGGUGGUAUUAUUGUAUGCUUGAAAUUAUUGUAUUAUUGUAUGCUGGAUUGAAUUAUCACCCAUUUGUGGGAUAUAGUGUCCAAUCUGCCCAGACUAUCCUGCCGUCAAAUUGUGGAAUCAAAUGUCUGAUAAAUCAAUUCCAUGGAUACUCAUCCAAUUCCCCUAUUUUAUCCGGCAACAACGUGUCCGUAAUGAUGAUGCUUUCGCUGGAUUGCUAAGCCAUUUGAUGUAGCAAAGAAUAAGUGCUCGAACUAACGUUUUACUUCUGUUUAAUUACCUAAGCAUAGUGACACUAUUUGCAGGAAGAAUGGUGGGGGCAAUGGUGUAUCUAGUGGAUCUUUUCGGAUGGCGUUAGAAGGCCAGGAUAAUUCAGACAUGUCUGAGUCUAUGAGGAGCAUACCGGAAAAGAAACAUACUGACAUUUGGCAACUCUUUAGGGAAGCACAACAAAACAUUUUAUACUUAAACAAACAACGCAUGAUGGCCAUGGAGGAGCUGGACAACAUGAAGAGAGAGAAAAAGGUUUUGCUUGAUAGGAUAAAACAGUUGGAGAUAAAAAAGCAGCUCAGCACUAGAAAAGAUAAACUAUCAAUCAGGUCGGAGUUGCUGCUUAGAUUAGACUCAAUGGUCCUCACAGGCAUGAUAGGCACUGGGGAGGCAUCUGAUUUGAGAAAAAUGAUCAUGGAUUCAAAAGUAACUGUAGCUGAUAAUUUCUCUGACAUCCUGCAUAAAAGAGAUGCCGAACUUCUGGCAGAACUCUGCCAGUUCUCAGACAAAAGCAAAAAGAAAGGUCUUCACAUUGUCCACAUUUGCACUGAAAUGGCACCAGUCAUCUCUGUUGGAUCUUUGGCAUCGUAUGUUACAGGGCUAUCCCGUGCGCUACAAAGAAAAGGUCAUUCGGUGGAGGUUAUUUUACCAAAGUAUGCAACCCUAAACCUGGAUGAAGUUCAAGGGUUAAGAGAAAUUGAGGCAGAGUUCUAUUCAUAUUUCAAUGGUCAAUUGCAUGUAAACAGAAUUUGGACCGGUGUAGUCUAUGGCAUUGGAAUCACUUUUAUACAACCUAUUUAUUAUUCAUCAUUCUUUAGCCUCGAGAGGGUAUAUGGCUACUCAAAUGACUUUGAACGAUUCACUUAUUUCUCCCGAGCUUCAUUGGAUUAUAUAGUCAAAUCAGGAAAGCAGCCUGAUGUGUUACAUAUACAUAACUGGCAAACUGCUAUUGUCGGGCCACUUUUCUGGGAUGUUUUUGUUAAACAGGGAUUAGGCAGUACUAGGAUAUUGCUGACAUGUCAGGACUUUGAUUCUCAGUGUCUUGAGCAACCUGAUAAGCUAGGACUGUGUGGACUUGAUCCUUCUAGACUACACCGUCAUGAUCGUUUGCAAGAUAACACUAAGACACAUCUUGUCAACAUCUUAAAGGGCGGAAUUGUUUACUCCAAUAAAGUUGUAAUAAUGUCAUCUAUGCAUUCAAAAGGUCUGAUUAUUCAUAGUUUGAGUUAUGGGCUGGAAUCCACCUUAGCAGUUCACAAGGACAAGUUGCUGGUUGCUCCUUGUGGAUUUGACAACUCCACCUGGAAUCCUUCCAUGGAUCACUUUCUUCCACAAAGCUACAGUGUGGAUGAUAUGAAGGGGAAAGCUGUUUGCAAAAUCGCACUACAGCAGCAUGUGGGGAUAUCUGAGAAUCCUUCUAUUAUUACUGUUGGCUGCAUCUUUUCAGAAGUGUCAGAUGUUGAUCUGGAGAACCUCAAGGCACUUGUUUGUAUUGCUUCCAGAAAAGGUGUUCAGUUUAUCUUUAUGGGGAUGAGAAAAAUUGAAGGCAUAAACAGGGCACUGGAAUCUUUUGAGGAAGAACUCAAGGAUGAUAACGUGAGAUUUUUAAAUGAAUAUGAUGAAGCCUUGUCCCAUUUAAUCUUUGCAGGAUCUGAUAUUAUAUUAUGCCAAUCUUUUGAUGAUCCAGUGCUCCAAGUGCCACUGAAGGCUCUAAGAUAUGGAGCUGCUCCAGUUGCAGCAACUCUUAUUGAUAACCAAUUCAGUAGGCAGAUCACAGAUUAUGACUUUGAGAGCACGGAAUUCUCACAGUACAUCAACAAUACAUUUGGAAAUGUAUCCUUAAGCCGAGCAAUUGAUGAAAUUAAGAACAACCCAUCCCAGUGGAAUAGGAAGAUAAUGGAGGCAAUGACAAAGGACUUCUCAUGGGAUGCAGAGUGCUGUGACAAACAUGUUUCUGCUUACACAUCCAUAUUGAAUUUGUGAAACAGAGGCUUGCAUGGGUUUACCAGGGCCGACGAGAGGCAAGCUCAACAACAAGGCUAGGCUGGCUUGGGCCCCCAAAUUUUAACAAAAUUUAGGGCCUUUCAAACUCAUAUUGAAAAUGAUAUUGUCGAUAAGUUAGAUUAUGCAAGGUUUAAUUAGUAAUUUUGCAUUUAAAAAUAUGAAAAAAAAUAAUAUUUGAUUGAUACUUUACUACAGUUAGGCAUAGUUUGCAA